AUGUUUUAUAACCUCCCAAGAACUCCAUAUAUGUAAACACGAGUCCAACCUAGAGUUUUAUACAACGGAUUUGAGAAGUACAACACAAAAAUUGUGAAGGUCCAGAAUACUUUCGAAUAUUACCAUUACUUAUAGAAGAAAAAGGAGUAUUAGGAUUAGCAAAAAGAAUUAUUGGAAGGAUUAAAAAUGGAGAAUGAUGAAAUGAAGAAGCUGUCCUAUUCAGUGAAAUGUUUCGGAGUAAGUAACAAAGAAGGAAAGUUUGGAGUACAAAGUUAGCGUAAAUUCAUGGGUGGUUCAUUCGAAUCCCAGCCCACCUAUGAGGUUAAUGUGUAGAGUGAAAGAAUAUCCUAUCCCUUCAAGUCAAAACGCCUUAUGACUAGUCGAAGGUUAUAAAGAGAGAAAUAGAAACCCCUUUCAGAAAUCAUCAAAUUGCCAGAGAGACCCGAAACAGUCAGAACGGAACACCUCUCAAAUGUAGAUAAGAUAGUUAGGAAAUCACGUAUAAAGUUCAAACAAUAACAUUCUCAACCAUAACCAGAGAUAGUAUUCGAGAAAGAAAAAGCUAAGUAUCAAUCUUAUAGUCGUCUCCUCUCAGAGGCUCAUAGUCAUGAAAGCUUUUAUAAAAUUCUUAGUCCUUGA